CGGCCGUGGAUUAGCUUUAUGCUAAUAUCGAGAGGCGCGAGGAGCCAGCGGAGUGUGCACGGGCUCCUUUCUUCGCAGCCAUGGCUGAAGGAGGAGAAGGAGAGGAUGAGAUCCAGUUCCUCAGGACUGAUGAUGAAGUGGUGCUCCAGUGCGUGGCCUGCAUCCAGAAGGAGAAUCGCAAGUUCUGCCUGGCUGCCGAAGGGUUGGGGAAUCGCCUGUGUUACCUGGAGCCCACAUCUGAGGCAAAGUACGUGCCUCCGGACCUGUGCAUCUGUACCUUUGUACUGGAGCAGUCUCUGUCUGUCCGGGCCCUGCAGGAGAUGCUUGCUAAAAGUGGACAAAACAGCGAAGGGAGGUUCAUAAGGAAGGCAGCCCAGAGCGGUGGACACAAGACUCUGCUGUAUGGGCACGCCAUCCUACUGCGGCAUUCCUUCAGCUACAUGUACUUGGCCUGUUUGAAGACAUCAAGGUCACAGACAGAUAAGCUAUCGUUUGAUGUCGGCCUGCAGGAGGAUUCAACAGGUGAAGCCUGUUGGUGGACAAUCCAUCCUGCGUCCAAACAGAGAUCAGAGGGAGAAAAAGUACGCAUUGGUGAUGACCUCAUCCUCGUCAGUGUGUCCUCUGAAAGAUACCUUCACUUAUCCAUCUCCAAUGGCAACAUCCAGGUGGAUGCUUCAUUUAUGCAGACUCUGUGGAACGUCCAUCCCAUCUGCUCUGGUAGCAACAUAGAAGAAGGUUACCUGUUAGGUGGUCAUGUGAUGCGGCUCUUUCAUGGUCACGAUGAGGUGGUGAGCAUCCCGGGAUCAGAUCAGAGUGAAGAGCAGCAAAGGAUAGUCAACUAUGAGACGGGUAAAGCUGGUGCCAAGGCGAGGUCCUUGUGGAGGCUGGAGCCACUUCGAAUCAGCUGGAGUGGGAGUCACAUUCGUUGGGGUCAACCCUUUCGACUGCGACACCUGACCACCGGUCACUACCUGGCCUUGACUGAGGACAAGGGUCUGGUGCUGCAGGACCGGGAGAGGUCUGACACUGUUUCCACAGCCUUCUGCUUUAGAGCAUCCAAGGAGAAGCUGGAGCAGAGCCCCAAGCGGGACAUUGAGGGAAUGGGGGUGGCAGAGAUUAAAUACGGGGACUCUCUCUGCUUCAUCAUGCAUGUGGCCACAAGUCUAUGGCUCUCCUACCAGGCACCUGAUGUCAAAUCUUCACGACUGGGUCCACUCAAAAGAAGAGCGUGCCUUCAUUCUGAGGGUCACAUGGACGACGGACUUACCCUCCAGCGCUGUCAACACGAAGAGUCUCGAGCCGCACGAAUCAUCCGCAACACCACGCUGCUUUUUAACCGAUUCAUUAGACCAGGAACGGCGUUAAUCCGAGGGAACAGGAACAACUGCACUCAGUUCUCCAAUAACUUGGACUGGUUGGUGAGCAAGCUGGAAAGACUGGAGUCUUCUUCAGGCAUCCUAGAAGUUUUGCACUGCAUUCUAAUUGAGAGCCCCGAGGCGCUCAAUAUCAUCCAGAAAGGACAUAUUAAGUCCAUCAUAUCACUGCUGUACAAGCAUGGACGCAACCACAAGAUUCUGGAUGUGCUCUGUUCGCUGUGUGUGUGUAACGGCGUAGCUGUGCGAACCAAUCAGAACCUCAUCUGUGACCACUUGCUGCCAAAAAGAGAUCUGCUGUUACAAACCCAGCUGGUCAAUGACGUCCAGAGUAUGAGACCUAACAUCUUCCUGGGCGUGAGUGAAGGUGCUGCUCAGUAUAAGAAGUGGUACUACGAGCUGAUGAUUGACCAGGUGGACCACUUUGUGACCAGUGAGCCUUCCCACCUGAGAGUGGGUUGGGCCAACACAAAAGGUUACGCACCUUAUCCUGGAGGGGGAGAGGGCUGGGGAGGCAAUGGCGUUGGCGAUGACCUCUACUCGUAUGGUUUUGAUGGACUCCACCUCUGGUCAGGUCGUAUCCCACGAGCAGUUGCAUCUGUGAACCAGCAUGUCCUGACUUCUGAUGAUGUGGUGAGCUGCUGUCUGGAUCUGGGAGCUCCCAGCAUCUCCUACAGAAUCAACGGACAGCCUGUCCAAGGCAUGUUUGAGAAUUUCAACGUAGACGGACUCUUUUUUCCCGUCGUCAGCUUUUCUGCGGGGGUCAAGGUGCGCUUCCUGUUAGGAGGCCGACACGGUGACUUUAAAUUCCUGCCUCCAUCAAACUAUGCGCCGUGCUACGAGGCUCUAUUACCUAAAGAAAAAAUGAAGGUGGAGCCGGUGAAGGAGUAUAAAAGAGAUGUGGAAGGAGUCCGAGACCUGUUGGGAAAUCCCCAAUUCACUUCACAGGCCUCUUUCAUUCCCAUCCCUGUAGAAACCAGCCAGAUUGUCAUGCCGCCUCAUUUGGAGAAGAUUCGGAACAAACUGGCUGAAAACAUCCACGAACUAUGGGGCAUGAAUAAGAUAGAGCUGGGCUGGACUUACGGCAAGAGGAUAAGGGAUGAUAAUAAGCGACAGCAUCCAUGCCUGGUGGAUUUCUCAAAGCUGCCAGAAACUGAAAAGAACUACAAUCUGCAGAUGUCGACAGAAACUUUGAAGACUCUGCUGGCACUCAGCUGUCGUAUCGUUCAGGUGAAUCCAAAUGCAGAGGACUCCCUCAAAAAAAUAAAAUUACCCAAAAAUUAUAUGAUGUCCAAUGGUUAUAAACCAUCCCCUCUGGACCUGUCUGACAUCAAAUUGACUCCAGGCCAGGAGCUGCUGGUGGACAAACUGGCAGAAAAUGCACACAAUGUGUGGGCCAAGGACCGCAUCAAACAGGGAUGGACCUACGGCAUUCAGCAGGAUCUGAAGAGCAAGCGUAACCCUCGUCUGGUUCCAUAUGUGCUGCUGGAUGAGCGGACCAAGAAGUCGAACAGGGACAGCCUGCGCGAGGCUAUCCGCACCAUGAUUGGAUAUGGAUACAACAUUGAGCCCUUGGACCAGGAAGGUGUGCAAACGGCUGAGCGUCUCAGCAUUGAUAAGAUCCGCUUCUUCAGAGUUGAAAGGACGUAUGCUGUGAAAACUGGAAAGUGGUACUUUGAAUUUGAAGCUGUUACCGGCGGAGACAUGCGAGUCGGCUGGGCCAGACCUGGAUGUAAACCUGAUGUUGAGCUUGGUACAGAUGAGCUUGCUUUUGUCUUCGAUGGAUACAGAGGCCACUGUCUGAACAUGGGGAGCCGGUUGUUCGGGCGCUGCUGGCACGCUGGGGAUGUAGUCGGCUGCAUGAUCAACAUGGAGGACAAGUCCAUAAUCUUCACUCUAAAUGGAGAGAUUCUAAUUACCACCAAAGGGUCUGAACUCUGCUUCACUGACUUUGAAGCUGAAGAUGGGUUUAUUCCAGUCUGUAGCCUUGGUCUGGCGCAGGUUGGUCGCAUGAAUCUGGGGAAAGAUGCUAGCACCUUCAAGUACUACACAACAUGUGGCCUGCAGGAGGGAUUUGAACCCUUUGCUGUCAACAUGAACCGUGAGAUCACGAUGUGGUUCAGCAAACGUUUGCCUACUUUUGUCAACGUGCCAAAAAACCACAACCACAUUGCAGUAACCAGGAUUGAUGGCACCAUCGACAGCCCCCCUUGUCUUAAAGUCACUCACAAGACAUUCGGCACCCAGAACACUAACGCCGACAUGGUGUUUUGCCGUCUCAGCAUGCCUGUAGAGUUUCACUCUUCCUUCAAGUCCAGUCCUGCAGUUGAUAUGAAUGGUGUGCACGAUGAGGAAAUACUCAAGGUUAAACACAGAUAUCCACUGAGAUCUGUGAGACACUUUGAGGAAAGUAGACGAGUGGAUUACAGCAGCUUCACAUCGUACCACCACUCAGUGAGAAUCUUCGCAGGCCAGGACCCUACCUGUGUGUGGGUUGGAUGGGUCACCCCCGACUACCAUUACUAUAACAACAACUACAACCUCUGCAAAAAUCGAACUGUGACCGUAACCCUGGGUGACGAGCGUGGACGAGUCCAUGAGAGUGUGAAGAGGAGUAACUGCUACAUGGUAUGGGGUGGUGAUGUGAUCGGGGCAGGCCACGCCUCCGGUGGCAACAACGUUGAUCUGGAGAUUGGCUGUCUGAUAGACCUCGCCACUGGUUUGGUGACAUUCACCGCCAACGGCAAGGAGAUAUCUACAUCCUACCAGGUGGAACCAAACACAAAACUGUUUCCUGCUGUGUUUGUGCGACCCACCAGCCCUAACCUGUUUCAGUUCGAACUGACUAAAAUUAAGAGCGCCAUGCCUCUGUCGUCAGCCAUCUUUAAGAGCGAACACAAGAACCCGGUGCCCCAGUGUCCGCCCCGGCUGGAUGUCCAGACAAUUAAUGCUGUGCUGUGGAGCCGCAUGCCCAACACCUUCCUCAAAGUGGACACAACCAGAGUGAGUGAGAGGCACGGAUGGGUUGUUCAGUGUGUGGAGCCCCUGCAGAUGUUGGCAGUCCACAUACCUGAAGAGAACAGGUGUGUUGACAUCAUGGAGCUGUCUGAGCAGGAGGACAUGCGGAUGUUCCACUACCACACCUUGAAGCUCUACUGCGCCCUCUGCGCUCUGGGAAACACGCGUGUGGCCCACGCCCUCUGCAGCCACUUGGACCAGUCCCAGCUCUUGUACACCAUCGACAACCAGUACCUGUCUGGCAUGUUACGCGAGGGCUUCUACAAUGUUCUGAUCAGUAUCCAUUUGGAGACGGCCAAGGAGGCAAGACUCAUGAUGAAAGAUGAGUUUAUCAUUCCAGUUACGGCUGAAACGCGCUCCAUUCGGCUUUUUUCGGAUGCUUCUAAAAAGCACAGUCUGCCCGGGGUGGGGCUUAGUACCUCUUUAAAACCCCGCCUCAACUUUACCCCGCCGUGUUUCAUCAGCACCAAACGGGAGUAUUUGUACAGUCCCCAAAUGCCCCUAGAUGUACUAAAGGAGAAGGCGAUUUCAAUGCUGACAGAGGCUGUUCAUGGAGGCGGGCAUCACAUUCGGGAUCCUGUGGGAGGCGGUGUGGAGUAUCAGUUUGUGCCAAUCUUGAAGCUCAUUAGCACCUUACUGACUAUGGGGGUGUUAGGGAGCGAGGAUGUUCAGAAGAUUUUACUACUCAUCGACCCAAAUGUCUUCAGAGAGACACGCAAGGGGGGAGUCGCAGGUCACCCAGACAAGGAAGGACUUAAACGGACAGAGGGCAAGGCAGUGGAAGCUGGAGAAGAGGAGGCAGCCAAGGAGGCAAAGCAGCCAAUGGAGGGACUGCUGGAGAAGAGGCUGCCAGAGCCUGUUAAACGACAGAUGUGCGAGCUGCUUCAUUAUUUCUGUGACUGUGAGCUGAAGCACCGCAUCGAGGCCAUCGUGUCCUUUUCCGACAGCUUUGUCUCCAAACUGCAGUACAACCAGAAGUUCCGCUACAAUGAGCUUAUGCUGGCCCUGAACAUGUCUGCAGCUGUCACAGCGAAGAAGACCAAAGAGUUCCGAUCGCCUCCUCAGGAGCAGAUCAACAUGCUGCUGACUUUCAGUACGGGCGAUGACUGUCCCUGUCCUGGAGACAUACAGGAGGAACUUUAUGAUUUUCACAACAAGCUGCAGCUACACUGUGGAAUCCCAAUGGAGGAAGACGAUGAUGAGCGGGACACUUCUAUUAAAGGUCGCCUCCUUAUGCUGGUGAACAAGAUCAAGAGUCAGUCUCAGAAAACACAAGAGCCCAAAGAGAAGAAGGAAGCUGCACCAUCCAACUUGAAGGAGCUCAUCUCUCAGACCAUGGUGAGCUGGUCCCAAGAGUGCCACGUACAGGACCCGAAACUUGUUCGCAAGAUGUUCAGUCUGCUGAGGAGGCAGUAUGACAGCAUCGGGGAGCUGCUCCGAGCCAUGAGGAAGACCUACACUAUCAGUGCUGCCUCGGUCCAGGACACCAUCAACCUCUUGGCCUCCCUCGGUCAGAUCAGAUCUCUGCUGUCCGUUAGAAUGGGAAAGGAGGAGGAGAAGCUCAUGAUUGACGGACUCAGUGAUAUCAUGAACAACAAGGUAUUUUACCAGCACCCGAACCUGAUGAGAAUACUGGGCAUGCAUGAGACUGUAAUGCAGGUCAUGGUCAAUGUACUCGGAGGAGACAAAUCUCAGGAAAUUGCCUUCCCUAAAAUGGUGGCCAGCUGUUGUCGCUUCCUAUGUUACUUUUGUCGGAUCAGCCGACAGAACCAAAAGGCGAUGUUUGAUCACCUCAGCUACCUGCUGGAGAACAGCAGCGUGGGCCUCGCCUCACCAUCUAUGAGGGGAUCCACUCCUCUUGAUGUCGCUGCUUCCUCAGUGAUGGACAACAAUGGUUUGGCCCUGGCACUUGAAGAACCUGAUCUGGACAAGGUGGUCACGUACCUGGCUGGAUGUGGUCUCCAGAGUUGUCUGAUGCUUCUUGCUAAAGGUUACCCAGACAUCGGCUGGAACCCCAUAGAAGGAGAGCGAUAUCUGUCUUUCUUGCGUUUUGCUGUGUUUGUCAAUGGUGAGAGUGUGGAGGAGAACUCGAGCGUUGUGGUGAAACUGCUCAUCCGUCGCCCAGAAUGUUUUGGACCUGCUCUUAGAGGAGAGGGAGGAAACGGUCUGCUGGCUGCUAUGAAGGAAGCUAUUAAGAUUUCUGAAACACCCGCUUUGGACCUGCCUGGCUCCGUGCAUCGAGUCAGCUCUGACCUGUCUGCUGAUGGUGAUGAUGAGGAGGAGGUGGUCCACAUGGGCAACGCCAUCAUGUCCUUCUACUCUGCUCUCAUUGACCUGUUGGGGCGCUGCGCUCCUGAGAUGCAUCUCAUCAACAAGGGAAAAGGGGAAGCUCUGCGUAUUCGUGCCAUCUUGCGCUCUCUGGUGCCCACUGAGGACCUUGUGGGAAUUAUCAGCAUCCCCCUCAAAAUGCCCGUCGUCAACAAAGAUGGAUCAGUGACCGAGCCAGACAUGUCAGCCAGCUUCUGCCCAGACCACAAGGCCCCCAUGGUGCUGUUUUUAGACAGAGUGUAUGGCAUCGAAGACCAAAGUUUUCUGCUUCAUCUGAUGGAAGUGGGCUUCCUCCCUGACCUGAGGGCGGCUACUUCUAUGGAUACGGAGGGUCUGUGCACCACUGAGACAGCCCUGGCCAUGAAUCGAUACAUCGGUUCAACCAUGUUGCCCCUCUUGACCCGCUGCGCUCCUCUCUUUGCCGGCACUGAGCACUUCGCCACCCUCAUCGACUCCACCCUGCACACCAUCUACCGGCUCUCCAAAGGCCGUUCGCUGACCAAGGCGCAGAGAGACGCCAUAGAGGAGUGUUUGCUGUCUAUUUGCAAGCACCUUCGUCCUUCCAUGCUUCAGCAGCUUCUGCGUCGACUCGUCUUUGAUGUGCCCUUGCUGACUGAAUACUGCAAGAUGCCUCUGAGGUUAUUAACCAACCACUACGAGCAGAACUGGAAGUACUACUGCCUCCCGUCAGGCUGGGGCAGCUUUGGCACAGCAUCUGAAGAUGAACUGCUGCUCACCAAAAGGAUCUUCUGGGGAGUUUUUGACUCUCUAUCUCAAAGGAAGUAUGAGCCAGAGUUGUUCAAGAUGGCUAUGCCUUGUCUCAGUGCCAUAGCUGGAGCUUUGCCACCAGACUACGUGGAUGCCUCCAUCAAUGCGACUGUAGAAAAGCUUGUUUCUGUUGAUGCUCAGGGAAACUUUGACCCUAAACCCAUCAAUAUAGCUAACAUUGUUCUGCCAGAAAAGCUUGAACAUUUUGCCAACAAAUACAGUGAGCAUUGCCAUGAGAAAUGGUCUUCAGAAAAGGUGCUGCUGGGAUGGAAAUAUGGAGACUGUGUGGAUGAGAAGGCGAAGACUCAUCCUCAGCUCAGGAUCUACAAAGCCCUGACAGAGAAGGAGAAGGAGAUUUACAGAUUGCCAAUUAGGGACUCACUGAAGAGCAUGCUGGUGAUAGGCUGGAGCGUCGACAGAACCAAGGACGGAGAGAGCAUGUCUCAACAGAGGGAGAAUGAGAAAAUGAGAAAAAUAUCUCAAGCUUCUCAGGCCAAUGGCUUCAAUCCAAGCCCAAUAGACACAAGCAACGUGGUUUUAUCCAGAGAAUUACAGGGGAUGGUGGAGGUAAUGGCUGAGAAUUACCAUAACAUCUGGGCCAAGAAGAAAAAAAGUGACCUUGGAAGCCGAGGUGGAGGAACACAUCCUCUUUUGGUGCCCUAUGACACGCUGACAGCCAAGGAGAAGGCCCAUGAUCGAGAGAAGGCUCAGGACCUUUUCCGCUUCCUGCAAAUUAACGGCUACAGCAUCACAAGAGGUUUAAAGGACUUGGAGCAGGAUUCCUCCUCCAUGGAGAAAAGGUUUGCUUAUAGGUUCCUCAAAAAGCUCCUUAAGUACGUCGACUCAGCCCAGGAAUUCAUUUCCCACUUAGAGGCCAUGGCUUCCAGUGGAAAAACAGACAGGUCGCCCCAUGAACAGGAAAUCAAGUUUUUCGCCAAAGUUCUCCUCCCUCUCAUUGAUCAAUAUUUCAAGAACCACUCUUUGUACUUCCUGUCCUCCCCCAACAAGAACCUCAGCAGCAGUGGUUACGCCUCCAACAAGGAGAAAGAAAUGGUCACCAGCUUGUUUUGUAAACUGGCAGCUCUUGUCAGACACAGGAUUUCACUCUUUGGGAGCGACUCCACCACCAUGGUCAGCUGUCUGCACAUCCUGGCUCACACGCUCGACACCAGGACAGUGAUGAAGUCAGGCUCGGAGCAGGUGAGGGUUGGCCUGAGAAUGUUUUUCGAGAACGCUGCGGAGGACUUGGAGAAGACUUUCGAGAACCUGAAGCUGGGGAAGUUCACUCACUCCCGGUCGCAGAUGAAAGGGGUGUCGCAGAAUAUUAACUACACCACUGUGGCUUUGCUCCCCAUUCUGACUGCUCUGUUUGAACACAUCACUCAACACCACUUUGGAGUCGACCUGCUUUUGGAUGAUGUCCAGGUAUCCUGCUAUCGAAUCCUGACCAGUCUCUAUGCGUUGGGCACAGGGAAAAACAUAUAUGUUGAGAGGCAGCUGCCAGCUCUGGGACACUGCCUGGCUACUCUGGCGGGGGCCAUGCCUGUAGCCUUCCUGGAGCCAAAGCUCAACACAUACAACCCCUGCUCUGUUUUCAAUACCAAAAGUGUCAGAGAUAGAGCCGUCCUCGGAAUACGGGAAUCAGUUGAAGAGAUGUGUCCAGGGAUGCCGCGGCUUGACGGCCUCAUGAAAGACAUUAACGACAUGGCUGAGUCUGGAGCGCGGUACACAGAGAUGCCGCAUGUGAUCGAGGUGGUGCUGCCCAUGCUGUGCAACUAUCUGUCCUACUGGUGGGAGAGAGGUCCUGAAAACCAGCCCGCCAGUGGGGGGAGCAUCUGCUGCACCACAGUCACCUCAGAGCACCUCAGCCUCAUCCUCGGCAACAUCCUCAAGAUCCUCAACAACAACCUGGGCAUCGACGAGGCCUCGUGGAUGAAGAGAAUCGCUGUUUAUGUGCAACCCAUCAUCAGCAAGGCUCGUGCAGACCUGCUGAAGAGUCACUUCUUACCCACGCUAGAGAAACUUAAGAAGAAGACAGUGAAGGUGGUGGCUGAAGAGGAGCUUCUUAAGGCAGACUGUAAAGGAGACACUCAGGAGGCUGAGCUGCUCAUCCUGGAUGAAUUUGCCAUCCUUUGCAGGGAUCUGUAUGCCUUUUACCCCAUGCUAAUCCGCUAUGUGGACAACAACAGGUCCAGGUGGCUAAAAGAACCAGAUACGGACUCCAAUGAGCUCUUCAGAAUGGUUGCAGAGAUAUUUAUUCUCUGGUGCAAAUCCCAUAAUUUUAAAAGAGAAGAGCAGAAUUUUGUGGUACAGAAUGAAAUCAAUAAUCUGUCCUUCUUAACUGGAGACAACAAAACGAAGAUGUCAAAGUCCUUUAAGGAAAAGUCUGGAGGACAAGACCAGGAGAGGAAACACAAGAAGAGGCGCGGUGAGUUCUACUCUAUCCAGACCUCGCUCAUUGUGGCCGCGCUGAAGAAGAUGCUGCCAAUUGGUCUCAACAUGUGUACCCCUGGUGACCAGGAGCUCAUCUCUCUUGCCAAGACCCGCUACCUCAUGAAAGACACAGAUGAAGAGGUUAAAGACCAUAUACGUCAGAAUUUGCACCUUCGAGAACGGUCAGAGGAUCCUGCUGUGAGGUGGCAGCUGAACCUCUAUAAGGACAUAGUGAUGAGGACUGAAGGCCCUCCUGACCCAGAACGAGUGGUGGAUCGGAUCCAGAGGAUCUCUGCUGCCAUCUUUAACCUGGAACAGGUGGAGCAGCCGCUACGAUCCAAAAAAUGUGUCUGGCAGAAGCUGCUGUCCAAACAGAGAAAGCGAGCGGUUGUUGCCUGCUUCCGAAUGGCUCCACUUUAUAAUCUGCCGAGGCAUCGUUCUAUUAACCUCUUCCUCCUGGCAUAUCAAAGCAUAUGGAUAGAAACAGAGGAGUACUCUUUUGAGGAGAAGCUGGUCCAGGACCUUGCAAAAACGCAGCCUAAAGUGGAAGAAGAGGAGGAGGAGGAGAUCAGAAAGCAGCCCGACCCUCUUCACCAGCUUAUUCUGCAUUUCAGCCACAAUGCUCUGACUGAGUGCAGUUCUUUGGCAGAAGAUCCUUUGUAUAUUGCCUAUGCAGACAUGAUGGCAAAGAGUUGUGCGGAAGGUGAAGAAGAGGAAGAUGGAAAAGAAAAAACAUUUGAGCUGGUGUUGACGGUGGGCCUGCUGGCAGUCGUGGUGUACCUCUACACUGUGGUGGCCUUCAACUUCUUCAGGAAGUUCUACAACAAGAGCGUGGACGACGACGAGCCCGACAUGAAGUGUGACGACAUGAUGACGUGCUAUCUGUUCCACAUGUACGUUGGAGUGAGAGCAGGAGGCGGCAUCGGGGAUGAAAUCGAGGAUCCCGCUGGCGAUCCCUACGAGCUCUACCGCAUCCUCUUUGACAUCACUUUCUUCUUCUUUGUCAUUGUCAUCCUGCUGGCCAUCAUCCAGGGUUUGAUCAUUGAUGCCUUUGGAGAGCUGAGAGACCAGCAGGAACAAGUCAAAGAGGACAUGGAGACCAAAUGUUUUAUUUGUGGCAUCGGUAAUGAUUACUUUGACACGACGCCUCAUGGAUUCGAGACCCACACUUUGCAAGAGCACAAUUUGGCCAACUACCUGUUCUUCCUGAUGUACCUCAUCAAUAAGGAUGAAACCGAGCACACUGGCCAGGAGUCGUACGUGUGGAAGAUGUAUCAGGAGCGCUGCUGGGACUUCUUCCCGGCUGGAGACUGUUUCCGUAAGCAGUACGAAGAUCAGCUUGGAUAGAGCAGACGUCUCCUUCCUGCUUGUAUCUACGUGAACGAAACCUACAAAUACAAUCCAGAGAGUCGACCCAGCAUCGCCUCGGAAAGAUUGCCCGAGAACAAAAUACAAGAACUAUUUUUUAAAUAUAAAAACAAGCAG